AUGUCAUCAUCUGCGAAUUCAAGUCCAGCUACAACCAAAUUUAAAUUCACAGAUAAUUUAUGGGAUGGAUUUGAUUUAUUAGUUAAAAGAACUGAUAAUGAUUUAAUACAAUCAAAAAAUAUAUUAAACUUUUUUAAAAAGAAAGCAGAAUUAGAAGAACAACAUUCAAAGAAAUUAGAGAAAUUAUCAUUAAAAACCAUGAUGACAAUUGAUGAAAGUACAUCAAUCAAUGCUAUAAGUUAUAAUUCAAGUUGGAAAAAGAUAAUAAAUUCAUCAAUGAUGGAAUCUGAGCAACAUACUCUAUUGAAUACCUCUAUAUUGAAUAAAGUGAUUCAACCACUUCAAGCGAUGAUUAAAGAUAUGGAGACUAAAAGAAAGAAGAUCCUACAAGAGGGUAUAAAACUUAAACAGGAUAUGAAAGAGAUGGUUGACGAAUUGAAGAAAUCACAAUUUAAAUAUGAUAAAGCAGGUAAGGAUUUAGAAUCAAGUAGAAUGGAACUCAGAGAAUAUCGUGAGCAAUUGGACCACCAACAACAACAGCAACCCUCUGAUUCAGAUUUAAAUAACAUUUCAAAGAUUGAAAGACGUAUUCAACGUUGUGAACAGGAUUUCUCAAAUUGCGAUGAAGAAUAUCGUGAACAAAUUAAAGCGACAAAUGAUUUCCAACAUCUCUACAACACUGAGAAAUUACCAAAGAUACUCAACGAUUUCGAGCAUUUCGUCAUAUCACAUAGUCAUUUCUCUAAAAGUUAUUUCACAAAUUUAGUAUCGGUAUUGAUAGAGUUGCCUUCAGCCUAUCAACAAAAUUAUGAAUUUGUAAAGAAAUCAGUUGAAAUGAUCGAUAUCACUAAUGAUGUUCAAGAAUUUAUUAGAAAGAAUUUAAUGAAAAAACAAUUGGCCCAACCAUUUCAAUAUGAACCUUAUAUUGAAGGUAAAUUAACAAAGAAAACAAUAUCAUUAACUUGGAAUAAUAAAAUUUUAUCACAAUUUUCAAGAAGUAGUAAUAAUAAUACAGCAACAGCAAAUAAUACAAGUAGUGGUAAUUUAAAUCCAUAUUUAAAUGGUGGUAUUGGUGGUACUAAAAAGGAUGAACCAAUUUUACCAACUGCAUCAUUUAAGGUAUCAUUGGAUGAAUUAAUGAAUAGACAAAAGGAUAAUCAUCCAACAUUGGAAGUACCAUACGUUUUACAAGUGUUGUCAACUAGAAUCGCACAAAUGAAAGGUCAUGUAACCGAGGGUAUAUUUCGUGUACCUGGUAUCAUUUCAACCAUUAAAGAAACUCGUCUUAGAAUUGAUAAGGCUGAUUUCAAUCUAUCCAAUAUCGAUGAUGUUAGAACACCAGCAGCAUUAUUAAAACAGUGGUUACGUGAUAUACCAACUGCCUUAAUACCAGAUUCACUCUAUCAACAAUGCAUUGAUACACCAACCAAUGCAAUUGCAAUCGUUAAAACCAUACCAAUCAUAAAUCAACGUGUAUUAUGUUAUCUAAUUAAUUUCUUACAGAUUUUCACAAAAUUCGAAUUUGUUGCUCAUAGUAAAAUGGGCACUAGUAAUUUAGCUAUGGUUUUCGCACCUUGUAUCUUACGUUGUACUUCAACCGAUGCAAAUGUAAUGUUAAACAAUGUACCCAAUGAAAGAUUAUUCGUUGAAACUUUAAUUAAACAAAUACCACCACCUUUAAAUACAAAUGAAUUCCUUAAUUUACCAAUUUCAAUGUCUGAUGCAAUUAAUGAUUCUGAAGAUAUUGAAGAAUUAAAUGAUUUGGAUCAAUUAUCAAAUGAUGAUAAUAAUAAUAGUAAUACAAAUACAAGUAAUAUUAGCAUAGGUAGUGGAAGUAAUAGUAAUAUAGUUGUUAAUUAUUCAAAUAAUAGUCCAAAUAUUGAAAGUUCAACUUUACCUUCACAAUCAGUCGUUACAACUAUUGAAACUUUACCACCUUUGAACGAUGAUCAUAAUAGUGGUAGUGGUAAUGAGUCUAAUUCAUCAUCAUCAAAUUCAACAACAACGCCAACAGGUUCACCAACAACUGCAUCAAAACCUAGAGGACCAAGAACUCAAACACUUGGUUGGGUUAGAAUUAAACCUGCACCAAAACCAUCUGCUGAACCAACUAUUACAUUAUCAUCAUCAAUAGCAGCAGGAACAACAACAACAACCACAACAGCAACAGGAAUAACAACAACAACAACCACAACAGCAGGUCCAGAGAAAACAAUAAUAUCACCAGUUAUAAUAAAACCAGCAGCAGCAACACCAACAACAACAACACCAACAACAACACCAACAACAACAACAUCACCAACAACAGCAACAAUACCAGCAGUAUCGACAUCAACAAUAAAAACAAGUAGUCCAGACAGAACAACACCACUUACAUCAUCACCACCAUUAGCAUCAACUAAAUCAACAGAUGAACUAAUGAAAAAAUUGGACCAAUUUACACAAGAAACAACACCAUCAAUAAGAAUAGCAACAACAACAACACCAACAACAAUAACAACACCAACAACAACAGCGACAACCACAACAAUAACAACAGACAAAACAACACCAGUUACAUCAUCACCACCAACAGCAUCUAACAUAUCAAGUGAAGAUUUAAUGAAAAAGUUGGACCAAUUUAUUAAUUUUUAG